AUGCCGAUUCGGUGGACGGCGAUUGAAGCUCUUGACACUCAGGAGUUCACAUCACAGUCUGAUGUCUGGUCCUUCGGUAUCCUGAUGACUGAGAUCCUGACCAAGGGACGAGUUCCAUACGUAGGAUGGGACAAUGAUACCGUGAUAGCCCAGGUCCGCCGGGGGUACCGCUUGCCUGCGGAGGACGACUGGCCCGAAUCCCUGUACGAGAUCAUCAAGCGGUGCUGGGACAGAGAACCGCAGAGACGACCAACGUUCAAAUACCUCAAUCGCAUCCUGACCGGCUACUUUGCCGAUGGAGAAUAUUGUUAAAUAUACAUGAAGACAAAAUAUUCGUAGUAUUACAACUAACAAUCGAUGCAAUCUAUAAGCUACAGAGAGAAUUAAUUACACGUCUACACGUAACUGUAUCUUCAACGGCAGCAUGCAACUAACCUGCAAACAGCGCGCCACUUUAAUUUAUUCAACAAUUUGAAGAUGUCAGACAUCCAUGGUGUUUACAAGUUACAACUGUGUAAGGGGGUGUGGGUGUGGAAAUCUCACAUGAGAAAAACACGAGAUACAACGUAAUAUGUUUGCAAUAUCUUUUUUGCAAUCCUCUUCUGUAACUUGGAAGGGAAAAGCACCAGCUGUCAAGGAGGUCAUGUUACGAAAAACAUUACCAUAUCGACAAAGGAAGACCAAAAAGAUCUAUGGAUAUCGUUAUAAUACAAUUAAUAAAAUAAUUUCUUAUAUAAUAAAACAGUAUUUUUAUAAUUCAUGAAUUCAAUAUGAAGUAUACAUUCAAUAUAAUCCAAACACUAACAAUUACUAAAUAUGCACUAUCAUAUGAGGGUCGAUUUAAAAAAAGUGUAUCAUUAUAGCAUGGCCUAUGAGUACUAGUGCUAUUAUAGUGUCCUAACGCAUAUCAGGAGGACCACCCCUACAUGACUUAGUUCCGCCCACUAGGUCAGGUGCUACGGGACGGUCACUCAGAAACUCUGGCACAAUCAGUCUACCUAAAGCCCGGACUAAGAGACUUAGCAACUCGUUCCUUCAUUGUGCUGUUCGCCUCUAUAACAAGACAAUCCAACAGUAGUGUUAUAUAUAUUGUACCUAGCUAAAUUCUUCGUGAUAGCUGCAUAUUAUGCAUAGAUUUUAAGUUGUGUAAUCGUCUUCGAAUAUGUCUUAAUAUUGUGUUCGCCUAUGUUGUUUCAUGUGCACAAUGAAGAGUGUCACAAA